UUGGCCCUCGGUCCGAACGGAGGUGUGCUGGUUUAUGCUGUUUUGGUAGCAUAGUUUUCCUUCAAGUUUUUCCGAUUGAUGCGGAUUUUCCGUGUGGUCUGUCCGUUACAGAGAUAUUGCCUGUCCGGGAGUUGCUUUUCAGACGGUAUCGCGCGCGCGCAAACCGAACUCAACGCCCGAAAGUUAUUAGAGGAAGGAAAAUUGGCGGAAUUAAGCUUUUCUCUUCUAUUGGCUGAGUUUUCGUGGUCUGGUCUGGUCUGGAUGUGGUGUGAGAUAUGCAGUUAGCUUUCGGAGCCUCCGUGCAGAACUAAAGUGCCGGGCUGUGUGUGCCGUUGGAUUCUUUCACCGAGAUAUCUGUGUCUGGUCUGGCAAUAUCUGAGGAAGAAGAGUGUUUUGCUGAAGAGAGGUGUUGAUUUGCCUAAAAUUACUACCUUCCACGCGAACUAGUCCGUCCUUCACGUGCCGAAGGAACCGUUUUGCCGCGUGUGGGCCAGAUACCUGGCCAAGGUGCAAAUUGGGUGAUUGAUGGCUGUCGGAAUCCCGGUCUGAAGAGAUCUAGUUGCGUUUGUACACACACAGUACCAAUUAGCUUAACAAUUGCACAGUGUAUUACGGAAGGCUCGUGCCCACCCAAGAUCUUCUGAAGGAGUUUAACCCGUUUUUCCGGACGACUUCCAACCCCCAAGUGAAAGUUUAGUGUUCCGCAAGUGUCCCGGAUUCCGACGACGUGGUGACAAGUGACCGGUUUUCCCGCUGCAGUUCCUAAAACCGGAAACACGAUGGGACUGCGCGUUCAGCUCCUUAUUUUGAUGGUGAUGAUAGCAAGUGGUCACGCCGCCAGCAGCAAAUCCCAGACGCUGGGUGCGCCCUGUCAGCACGACAUGGACUGCACCGACAGCAUCCGCGGCAGCUACUGCACCCUGGAGGGCUUCUGCGAGUGCUCUCCGUUCUACGUGCGGCUCAACGAGACCAAGUGCCUGCCGUCCCAACUGCUGGAGAGCGAGUGUGUCCUGUCGGAGCAGUGCUCGAUGCGUGUGGCUAACAGCGUUUGCGUCGAGAGCCGGUGCCACUGCGAGGACGGCUUCUUGCAGUUCCGAAAGCACACCUGUCUGUCACCCGCCCAGCCGGGAACGGUUUGCUACAGCCACGCGCACUGCCGCAUGUGGGACCGGGAAAGUCACUGCGACUUUCUAAUUCCGAACCUGUUCGGACGGUGCCAGUGCACGUCGCCGGCGCGCCAGGUUGGCCCGACGUGCGUGAAGGAAUCGACCACGACGCUGGAGCAGGAGCUGCCCGGGUUUGCGAAGCCUCAGCAGCAGAAACCGGAAGUGGAGCAGGUUUCGACCACCACCGAGGACGAUUCGAUUGUGGUGGAGAAUUUGGUGGUGAAAAAGGGUGACGAUGAGAAGGUGGGACAGCAGGCUGAGGAGCAGGUCCAGGUGGAGAAGGAACCGGUCGGAGAGGAUAGUACGACCUCCAGCGGAAGCUACGACGAAGAGUACGGAACGAGCGAGGAGAAGAAUGAUUCGUAUGACGAUUCCAAGAGUACUUCUCACUUGGAGCAGUACGAAAACACCGAAAAAAAUACAGCUAUCGAACAGGAUGUCGAGAACAACUUCCAGGAAGGUCAGGAGCAUGAUACGGUUGAGACUACCGCGAGCAGUCAUCAACACGACAGCACCGACUAUGAUCAGUACUCGUCGGAAGCGGCUACCGCUAGGCCAACGGAAGAGAGCUACGAGUACGACAGCGGAAGUCACGGCGGAGAAGAAAUCGACGAACCCCUGAAACUCCAUUCCGUUCAUCCCGUUAAUCAGGUUGAACUAAUCGAGAAGCACAACCACAUUUCCGACGAGAACCACUCGAACCUGAUCGAGGGAGAAGACGAAACUACUCCAAAGAGUGACAGCAACCAAGAAUCGUACGAAGCUAUCAACGAUAGUUCCGAAGGAGAAUUAACCACGGAGUUCAACGACAUCAACCGCCGUGAGGAUGUCGUCACCGCACAAGAAGCAACAGAUGAAGAGUCCAGCGCUGACGAUACGCAAGAAACUACCGAUAGGUUAGAAAAGGAGAACGAAAUCGAAGACGAAACCCCCGAGCAUACCACGCCGACCAUGGUUCGAUUGGCCAGCCGGACUACGCUGAUGGAACCGGAAGCCCCAGUUUCCACGACUGUCGCAACGCUAAUUGCCGAGUCGGAAACCGAAGCGCUAACAACCACAACGGAACAUUUAACCACCACCACAUCUAGUACCACAUCAUCUAGUACCACAACCACAACUAGUACUACCACUGCUUCGCCCGUUUCAAGCACAGAUGGCAGCAUCAGAGUAAAACAUCAGGGUAUUCGAACACGUGUUGAUCUUGGCGAUGGGCCAAUUUCGCUCGGAUUGGCGUGCGUCAACAACCGCCAGUGCCAACUGGCCGACCCGUACACCUACUGCAACGAGCUCGGCCGGUGCGACUGUGCCCACUCGCAGGUGUCGCCGGACGGAAUCUGCAACGCUGCCAACACCGGUUGCUCGCCGGGAACGUUUCAGUGCCGCUCGAGCGGAAUCUGCAUCAGCUGGUUCUUCGUGUGCGACGGCCGCCCCGACUGCAGCGACGCCUCCGACGAGGAGUGCAACUUUUCGCUGAAAGCCAACAUCACCAACUGUCCGGCGCUGUCGUUCCGGUGCGAGCAGAGUGGCCGCUGCAUCUCGCGGGCCGGAAUCUGCGACGGCAAACCGCAGUGCCCCCAGGGCGAGGACGAGGUCGGGUGCGAUUUCCGGAAGAGCCGCAAGUGUCCGGAGCACACGUUCAUGUGCCGGAGCGGCGAGUGCCUGCCGGAGUACGAGUACUGCAACGCGAUCGUGUCCUGCCGGGACGGAAGUGACGAGCCGCCCCAUCUGUGCGGGUCCCGGUCGGUGCCGAACUUUUUCGUGAAGCUGCUGUCGACGCCUAACAGCCGGAGCCGGAAUUUCUGCCCGUUGCGUUGUGGGAACGGAAACUGCCGCUCGACGGCCAUCGUGUGCUCGGGACGGGAUGGGUGCGGCGACGGAAGUGACGAGGAGAGCUGCUCCGUCUGUCGUUGCCCCGCACCGUCAUCAUUCGAGGAAACCGUGGCGGCACCGGUUCUGCCCCCGGUCAGCAAGUCCAAGCAACGAAGUAGGACAGGUCGCAUCACGGGAAAUUGGCAGUAGAGGCAUGGAGACGCACGGUACUUCAAAUCAUCAGUUUGGCUGAGCGAGUGAAAUUACCGAAAAUAACCGCUUCCGGGCACGCACGCCUAGCAAAUGGCGAAUGAAUGACUUUUACUGUUAAGUCUUAUCAAAACACGGUGCCAACCAGCUGCUAUCGCAGAGACCGCAAAUUUUACAGCAGCAGCAGCAGUUUGCAAAACCGACGAAUCGUCUGGCCGCUGCUCCAGUUUCCGCAGAUGGCUCCUCGUAUCGCAAUUUUAUCUUACACAUAAACAUACACACAUACGCAAUUAAGCACACAUACACGAUAGGCUGGUUCAAUUUGUGGGAUGUCCUUGAAUAACUUUGCAGUUUUUUGCGAUAAUAAAUUGUAACAUUACGUUGAAAAAAGGUCCAUCAAACAACCUUAUCAAAAACUGUAAAUUGAUCAAAUUUAGUCAUUCAGCCUCUGAUUAAUUUGAAAAUGUUAAAAAUUUAGGUAUGAUUCUUACCAUCAUAUAACAGGAGUCAAAUUUAACCUUUAUUAAGCAAUAGUAACUAGUUCAAAGAACUCGUCAAAUUAGAACCAGCCUAACCCCCACACAUCAGACAGUUAGCAUAAACGAGUGCGCAGUUUUGUAUGUUAGAGAAAACUUCGUCCAGGGCAGAGGAAGAUGUGCGUGUUGUUCGUACGACUGAGAGGCGUAAGCGCUAAAUAUUCAUAGGGAACAAACUUGUACAUAUAUAUAAACGGACCUAUUAGUA